UCCAGCUUGUACACUUCGUACGCGGGCUCCCCGUAUGGAUGGGCCCUGGGACACGACGCGAGUCAGUCGAGUCGACCACAUCAAAUAUUCAGGAGUCGAGCAGAGGCACAAGCAAGCAAAUGGACUCGACUCGCCUUUUCAUCGCCUCAACCGCCGAACGUGUCUGCUCUCGGCCAUUGUACAGAAUCUCGCACUUCUCCUUAGCAACCUCCUCCAAGCCUCCGCGCGUCUGCCCGAUGUGCGGGUUGGUAGCCGCGCCAGGCUUGAACUGGCCCAUUCCCGACGUGGUAAAGCAGCAGUGAGUGUAUUCGCCAAUUGUGCCCGCGCCCGUUUCGAAGAUGGCGGCCUUUACCUUGGAGACCCAGAGCUUGGAUUAAGCUUAGCGAGAUUUCCCCCACACGACACCAUGGAACGGCGGGGCUGUCAAAAGAGCACAGCCUCGGCGCCUAUGACGUCCAUGUGCCUCCUCCAGCUCUUCUCGAAGCCUUUGUCUGGGCAUCGGCAAGUCGGCACUGCUGCGACGGGGCCGCUUAUCACGAAAACCAAGGCUACCACCGCCAGCCAAGCAUCGAAAUCUCCUCCUUGAAAGUUGGCACUGGCAAUGCUGGAGAUGGCCAUGGCCUCGUCUAGCCACCUUUUCCCUCCUUUUUCGGCAAUGCCUAUCGCCGGCUGUGUUUAUCUUGUCACUUCCGCCUUCUCUACGUCCAUUCCAACGAUGCGUCCAGACCACCCGCCCCCCUUCAGCUAGCACAUCGCCUGGAGUCCCUGCAGUCGACAACCAUGUUCUGGCCCUGCCUCGCCUUCCUAUCAGCCCUGGCCGCCCUCGGGCUUGCACAGGACGAACCCAACGAGGGCAACCAGUACACGACCGACACAUUGCCUGGGGUCACGCCGUCUACAGACUGCAAGCCCUUCCACAUCUUUGUAGCCCGGGGUAGCGACGAGCCCUACCCGGGCCGCGCCCACAAGCUCCUAGCCAGGUUGUGCACCGACGCCGACGCCGAGCUCCACGGCGAUGGCUGUGGCUACGAGGACAUCGUCUAUCCGGCCAAUCCCAGCUCCGAUGGCAAGGACGCCUGGUGUCUUUCGGCCACCAAGGGAGCCGAGGCCGAGCAGCGUCAGAUGACCGAUUACGCCAAGAAGUGCCCCAACUCGAGCCUGCUGCUCGUCGGGUACUCGCAAGGCACAGCUGUCGUUGGCGAUAUCCUUGGCAGCACCGGCGGUCCCAUCUGGGAAUGUGUGCAACCGGAACGCCCUGGUCUCAAGCGGGCCGAGGUUCCAGGCUCCAAAGUCGCCGGAGUCCUGAUGUUUGGGUCCAUCAAGCGCACGGCCAACGAAACCUACAACGUGGGAGGAGCAUCGCAUCUGGACGGCGUUCGAGCGCGCGAAGGCGAACACCUCGAGGGACUGCGCCAGUAUGCCAACCUCACGCGCGACUACUGCAAUGCGGGCGACCCCAUCUGGGCCGUCGAGACCGAGGACGCCAAGGGCAAGCACCACUAGAACUACUUUGAGCUUUACACCAACGAGACGAUCGAAUGGCUGGCAUCCACCGCCCGCAAGGAGCACGCCAGCCGGCUAGCCAACGCCCAAGAGUCAAGCGCGUCGUCGAGCAUAGGCGGUGCGGCCGCCUCCUCGGUCUUCCUGUCCGUGCUGGGAGUCGCGGUCGUCUCGCUGUUCUCUCUUCACGUGAGCAGCUCCAUCUGCAUCUGCCAUCCUUGUCUUGCUCUUCACGGCGCAUGGGUUCCAUUCUCGUACAUACUCCCACGAUACCUCUUUACCUUGCUAUAGAAUCUUAGACAGUCAGGUUCCCACCUACCCCCAUUAACGCCCUUGCAGGAAUAGCGCGUUAUUUAGAGGUAUCUCCGACUUGCCACCUCUUUGUACUUGGUUCCCAUAAUUACGCGGCGUUGACCGGGUGCUCUCUCCCCAACUCUCUACUUUUCAAGGCCAACCAAGGCAGUCUUCCGCUCCCUUGCCUGAAUAUUGCAUGUGUCUCACCGC